GGUUGGUCAGUUCCUCUGUCAAUCACCCACAAAUUGUUACUUCCUGCCAUGUAGUGGCACAAGGUUCUGGGAACGGUUUGAUUCAGAAGGACGUGAAUAUUAAGGAUCCAAGUUAACCAAGAGUAAACCUUGAGUGAAGAUGCACCCAGAUCUAUCCCCGCACUUGCAUACGGAGGAAUGCAACAUUAUCAUCCAGCGUCUGAAACAGUGUCAUAGAGAACAUAGCUUCCUGAAGUUUCUGGGAAAAUGUAAUGAUAUUGACAGAGAGAUGAGGCGCUGCUUAGAGCUAGAGGUAAAAGCUAAGAGAGCCAGAAGCAGAGAACACGCUGCCAGGAUACAACGCCGACUGAAUUCAUCUUCCGAUUAACUUUUCUUCCUGUCAGGUGGAGUGCCCAACCUUGCUGGGCUGUGAACUGAUCUCUAAGCUGCUUACAGCCGCCGAGACCUUUUACACAAACCCAGUGUCAGUUGGACUGAUUUUUGUUGUUUGACUACAUUUACAUUUCUCUGCUGGCAAAUGUAUUCUUUUUUUUUUUGAUAUUUAUUGGGUUGGCUGAGUGUUUAAAUCUUCCACAAAUGGAUUGUUACACGACCUGUGAUGUUUAAACUCUGCAAUCUUCAUUCUGCUGCAGUGAAAUGUGUUAUCAUCACUCCAUACGAGAAGUGAAAACUCUGGUUCCACUCGGACCUGCAGCUUAAUCACAGACCAUUCUUACACUGACACCUGGUGGGCUUAGAACAUAUUGCAGUGGAAGGGUGAUAUAUAAAUUUUCAGCAACUUGAUCUCGAUCGUUUGAAGAAUUGAGAGUUUGAAGAAAAUAGUAAUUUUAGAAAUUUCCAAAUGAAUAAAGUUCAUGUUUUAUCAUUA